AUGGUGGCAUCCGGCUGCCAAUGGCGACAUCCUUUGGUGUCAUCACGGGUGCUGCUUUGUGGGCAUAUCUUGUCACAGCAGGCCUGCCUGCACAGUGUGCCCUGGCGCGCCAAAGCUUUCUUCAGCAUGACGGCAACAGCAAGGCAAAGGCUACUGCCUGAAGAGGCCUCCCUGCCAGUGAGAUCUGAAGGCUCCGGACCAGAGACACUCUUCUUCGUGCAUGGCUGGCCUGACGAUGCAGCUGUCUGGCAGGCGCAGGUGGAGCACUUCAAGAGUCGAUAUUCGUGCAAGUGCGUGACCUUGCCAUUCUUUGGACAGCCUUCGGCCGUGCAGCAGAGCUAUUCCUCGAAGGGCUACGAUUUCGAGGAGGUGGCGGACAUGCUAGCUCAGACCAUCCGCCACGAGUGCAAGCACAGGGUCAUUCUUGUGCUGCACGAUUGGGGCUGUCCUUGGGGAUUUAUGCUACAACAUCGGCAUCCCGGUCUGGUGGCAUCCAUCAUUGCUUUGGAUGUUGGGCAUCCUUCUUUUUUUGGCUGGAAGGAUGCUGUGUAUUACUUCGUGAAGUACCAGGCCUGGUUGGUGGCCGCCUAUCUGGUGUGUCGGCUGACGGCAAGAACACCCAUUGCUGAUGCGGGGCAAAAUCUUGGGGACCGCAUGGCACGUGUGCUGGCACGGUACAUUGGCCGGGACCAUAUGCACGUCACCGGGAAAGCAUGUUAUCCAUAUUUCUACUUCUUCACCAGCUUUGGCUGUUGGCCGGCUCCUUCGAAGCACUCAGUCCUCGAAGGCAGAGCUCUUCCUAGCUGCCCGUGUUUGUUUAUGUAUGGCCAGAAGUUCGGAAGGAACAAGCCCUUCCUGUUUCACACAGCCGAGUGGGAAGAACACAUGAGAUCUCGCACAGAUUGUCUCGUAGUGCCUGUGGAUGCGGGGCAUUAUUUGCAGGAAGAGGCAGCUGUGCAAGCAGCGACAUCCAGAAGCAAGUCAGACAGCACACUGCCUCCCAAGCUGAGCGGCAUGUCCCCACUGCACCGUCCCAAAGACAUCGGCAAGCUUUUCGAAGAGAUGGACGCUGAUGGUGAUGGUUUUUUGGGCGAGAAGGACUUGAUGUCAUACUUACGGGACUAUCUCAGAUAUGGUGAGGCCGAAGUAAUGGCAUUUCUGCAGGCCCAUCAGCAGGAUGCCCGCGUAGACCUGCCAGCUUUCAAGCGUGGUCUCAAGGAGCUCCAGCCCUACGCCAUCCAUGACAGGUUCAACAAGACAAUCGUGCGGAAGCCUGGUGCAUUUGGUGGUCUCGACUGCGUCGAUUUCCACGUGGAGGACUGUAGUGGUUGCACCUGCUUGGUGUGCGAGAAGUCCUCUGAGUUUCAUGCUGAUGGCCUGGUGGAUUGUCGUCUUGUCAUCGGGCCCUGCGAGAACUCCACCUUCGUGAGGAACUGUGAAAACUGCACUUUUUGGGUUGCUACGAAGCAGUUUCGCGUCAGAGAGUGCAUAAAUUGCACCUUCUACUUGCACUGCCACACGGAGCCGAUCAUUGAGUCUUCCAAGGACUUGCGCGUGGCACCUUUCUGUGCCGAGUAUCCGGGACUGUCUCAACAAUUCAGGGAAGCAAAGUUCGACCCCACAAAGAAUUUUUGGAACGCAAUCUACGACUUCACGGGCAAGGCGGAGUCUGCCAACUGGCAGAUUCCAAGCCUCGAUGCCUGCGAGAAGCUCAUCGUGUCCUUCGAAGGCUGCUCCGAUUCGCCAGAUGGGCCAGCGCCGGAGCUGACACAGGCUUUGCUUUGUGCUGACCCCCUUGUCAGCGGUGAGAGCCAGGGCCAGUCCAUGGCUAACAUACCACAGACUAGGCCCGCUCUCCCAGGAAAGCCCGGAAGACAGCGGCUUCAGCGACUCAUGAGCGAUGCAAACGAGGAUGUGGGCGGCAGGCUGAGGGAGGUUCUUGAAGAUGAACCGCUGUUCAGCAGCUUCUCUCAGGUGGAGAAGUCCAAGCAAUCCCCACAGGAUCCAGAAUCCUCGAGCGACGAGAUCUUGGAGAUCUUGGACUUGGAGGAAGAAGAGGAGGACUUAGCCAUGUGGCAAACAAGGCUGCCUUCAACAAAGCAAGGCGAGUGGCGGCCAGGAGAUGCACAUGCUCCCCUGGCCUCUCGCCCGUCGCGGCCGGCGCAGCAAAAAGCUCGGGCAGCCAUGGCAGCUGCUGCAGAGGCGUCUUUGGCUCCCCUGCAACGAGGGGGAGGUCCUGGAAACCUCGCUGCCAAGAGGCCUCUGGGUGGACUGAGGCUUUCAAUGGCACCUUCGAGAAAUUCGAAGACCGAUACCCAGGCACCUGCAGACAGCAGUGACGACGACGAGACUUAUGUGCCCAGCACCAAAGCACCUGCAAAGCCUGCCAGGCCAGCGGCCAGCACAGCCGUGAUAUCUAGUCUCGACAGCGAUGAUGAUGACGCUCAAAUGGAACGGUCAAAUGCAUUGACUACCCGACAGCGCAGCCUCCUGGGGUCCCAUGGGCUGACAGGUUUGGGAGCCUUUGGGCUGCAGCCGAGACUCUCCAGCAGUGAUGAGGAGAGGACUGUGCCGAAGGCACGCCGUGAUCCUCCAGAGACCAGGAGGCUUGCGGACAGAAGCCAGACAGGAAACCAUCAGACAGAGAGCGACAGCACCAGUGACGAUUAG